AUGGCGACGGCUUCGCCACCAAAACCGUGGGAGAGAGCGGGCGCCGCAGGAAACACACUAUCAACAGCGCCAACCGCUGGCAGCCCAGCUGCCUCAACAGCGAUGACUUCAACAGCCAACCCCGCAACGGCAACGUCCACCGCACCCGACCUCCCAUCACGACCCAGCACCCUCAACUCCGUGGUAAACAACACCGCCUCAAACUACUCACCCUAUGGGGCCUCACGGCUAGGUACCGGCGCCUACGGAUCAGGAUACGGCGGCAUGGGCGGCUACUCUUCGCCGUACUCCCGCUUCGGCUCCAUGGGCGGCAUGGGCUCCAUGUACGGUGGCUAUGGCGGCUACGGAAGUAGUAUGUAUGGCGGCAUGGGUGGCAUGGGUGGUAUGGGUAUGGGAGGGAUGUACGGUGGCAUGCCAGGGCAGGAUCCCAAUGAUCCUAAUAGUUUGACGAACUCGUUUGGGCAGAGCACCCAGGCGACCUUCCACAUGAUCGAGAGUAUCGUCGGUGCGUUUGGGGGCUUUGCUCAGAUGCUGGAGAGCACUUAUAUGGCUACUCACAGUUCAUUCUUCGCGAUGGUCUCGGUCGCAGAGCAGUUUGGAAACCUGCGCAACACCCUCGGCUCGGCCUUGGGUAUUUUCACUAUCAUUCGGUGGUUCAGGACUUUGAUCGCUAAGCUGACUGGUCGUCCUCCACCCGCUGAUGCUACGUCUUUGACUCCUGCUGCUUUUGCGGCUUUCAUGGGUGGACGGGCAGCAACUACUCUUCCUGAUGGCUCCCCGGCUCCAGCCAAGCCAUCGAAGAAGCCCUUCUUCAUGUUCUUGAUUGCCGUGUUUGGUCUUCCCUAUCUGAUGGGCAAGCUCAUCAAGGCACUGGCGCGGUCCCAGGAAGAGGAGGCCCGUCGCCGCCAACAGCUGGUCGGCCCCAACGGCGAGCCAGGCUCGGCAUCCCUCGACCCGUCCAAGCUGGACUUCUGCCGUCUCCUCUACGACUACACUCCUGAGACACAGGAGAGCAACGGGAUCGACCUUGCUGUGAAGAAGGGCGACAUCGUCGCCGUCCUCAGCAAGUCCGACCCUAUGGGCAAUGCCUCGGAGUGGUGGCGCUGCCGCGCCCGCGACGGGCGCGUCGGCUACCUUCCCGGUCCAUAUCUGGAGACCAUCCAACGCCGACCCAAUCAGCAAGCCAUUACUGCCGGUAGUGAACCCGGUACUCGCACCACCUCACUGAAGGGCGAGGCCACUGAUGCCCGCACACAGAGUCUAUCCUCGCUGUCUAAGCCGGAGCAGAAGCCUGCGCUGAAUGGCAAGAUGGGUGAUAUCUCCCCUGAAAGCUUCCAAAAGAGCACUUUCUACUCGUGA